AGUUUCUCGCUAAAGUUAGUUUGACCGUUUGGUCCCGGCACUUUGUUAGUGACAAGCUAAUUUAUCAAUGACUUAUGUUGCUAGAAAUGUACCAUUAUUGGGAAUUCACGUUUAGAUGGAGUAUUUGGCUGUUUUGACUUUGAGAGCCACUUCGCCCUUUAAACAGAACAUGUAAGGUCCUUGGACUGUAAGGAGUAACGUUAGACUCCUUUAGUCCAAUAUUGGGCUAGGCUUAAUCAGAAUGGAUCCUGAGGUAUCUGUGCUGUUGAACUGCACUGCCUGGGGAGGACUCCUGGAACCACAAGUGCAGGUGGAGCUUUCUGCCAGGUUUAACCGUCAGACAGAGCCAGCACUGGAGAGUCACAUAGAGGAGGUGUGGACAGAGAGGGUGACCAUGGAGCCAUGGCUUUUCAAUGGGGCCAAAUUCAGGCUGCACUCUUUCAGUCUGGCCUCACCCCAGCCCUCCUGUCCACCUACACCCCAGCCUCCCUGCAUGAAUGGAGAAGGAGACAGAGAUGGAAGGCAAUGUAGCAUUCAGGAGGAAGAGGGCCAACACGAGACAAAGGGGAACGCGGAUUCUGAAAGAGCAGAGGUGCUCAGGCACCAAAUAGACAGAGUCAUAGGCGAACGACAGCAUAAUGAUAAGGAUUUGAGUAGCUAUAAGCAGAGGGAAGGGAACCUCAGAGACAUGCAAACCUCCACCCCAGGGUGCAGAGACCAACAUCCUGCUGUGGGAAGCAGUGCAGCAGAAGCUCAACCCUUCCCACAGAGUGAUGUGGGUGGGAAGGGUGAGGGGGCCACUCCCAUCCUGACCCUGAGGUUGGGCCUGACCUGCUAUAGGGACUUCCUGGGCACCAACUGGUCUCAGAGAGCAAGGAAGCUACGCCAGCGUGCGGAGGUGGAGUAUGGGGAUCCUCUGGCGCUAUUGGCCCAGCCGCUGGGGGUGGGUGGGGUCUUGUGUACGGCUGACAGACAGGUGGUGCUGAUCAGGAGGAGCCAGCAAGUGGCGGAGGCAAGGGGGCUGCUGGACAUCCCUGGGGGGCACCCAGAACCAAAGGCUGUGUUUGAAGGCCUCGAUGAGGAGGACAGGAUCAGGGUGGAGAUGCUGCAGUGGAGGGAGGAGGCUGUGGUCAGAGAGCUGUUCUCUUCUGUGUGCGCUGAGAUCAGAGACGAGGUAAAUGUUCCUCUGUGUUCUCUGGGUGAGCCGGUACUGAUGGGCAUCGCUCUGAAUCACACCAGUGCAGGCAGACCCAGUGCAGAGUUCUACAUCAGUUGUUCACUGACUUCCACAGAAGUUCGAGAGCUUUACUGGCAGGGGGGCAUUGAGGCCCAGGAGUCUACAGAUAUCGUGUUCUUGAGCCAAACAGAGGUGCUACGGCUAGACCAGAGCACCCCCCUGUGGUCGGAGUUGUGUCCUUCAGCCAAGGGUGCUGUGCUGCUCUAUCAACUAGUGCUGCCUGACCGAGAAGACAAAAGCAAUUGAUCAAACUCCAGCUACUGCACCGGAUAAAAUUUCCAGAUGAUGAAAUUAAUACAAUAGACAUUUUCUUCAAUGAAAAAGCAGCGAUUUAAUGUUGUUGCUUUAAGAGACAAUACUGUUGUAGAAAGUUAAGCCCCCCGCUAUGAAAAUGUCUGAGGAAACAUUCCCUGAAUAUAAAGUUCCAGCAGUAUUUCAGAAAAAGAUAACUCCAUACAAACGUUGCUUGAUGUUUGACACUUAGGCACCUGGUGGAGGCACAAUAUUUCCCAACUUUGCAUAAAAAUGCUGUAAGAUAAAGAUAUAACCUGUAUAAUAAAUCUUUAUAAAACCA